AUGGUAGAGGACGAGGACACCGUCAUGGGAGAGGCGGGCCUCCAUGCUGCCAACCCUGACUUUUCAAACCGAUCGACAAGCGACGGUGCGGGUCAGCUGAGAUCUCAUGGCCAUCUAAAUGGGGGAUCUGAUCCAUAUUUGGCCCCGCCACUGCUAAGCCAGCCGAUGCAAAUGCCAGUGAUUCAAACGGGUAACUCACAACCCUUGGAGACAACGAUCCUAGGGGGAAAACAGAGCGAAUCGCCGCCAAAGAGCGUCCUGCAGUCGAAUGCCCCUGCAGAUGCCUCAAUUACCGACAUUGAAAAGCAGGAUAGCCUCGUGGAAGAAGAUUCAGACUGGUCUGAUGAAGACACACAAGUGCAACCUGGACUGCCACUGGCUUCAUUACCAUCAGGGCUUUGUUAUGAUGUCCAGAUGCGUUACCAUUGUGAAGUUCGACCGACGUCAGAUGUCCAUCCAGAAGACCCGAGAAGAAUCUACUACAUUUUCAAAGAGCUCUGCAGGGCAGGGCUUGUUGACGAUGCAGAGUCAACUAGACCUCUGGUCGCGCGGCCAUUGAAGCGGAUUAAUGCCCGUAACGCCACGGAAGAGGAAAUAUCUUCUGUUCACACUGCUGCGCAUUAUGCAUUUGUAGAGAGCACCAAAGAUAUGUCUGAUGAAGAAUUAAUCGCACUGGAGCACACCCGCGACUCCAUCUAUUUUAAUAAGCUCACCUUUGCGGCUUCCCUGUUAUCCGUCGGAGGUGCUAUCGAAACAUGCCUGGCUGUCGCUACUCGCAAAGUGAAGAAUGCGAUAGCUGUUAUUCGACCACCUGGUCACCAUGCUGAGCAUGAUAAGACUAUGGGAUUCUGCUUAUUCAAUAACGUCUCAGUUGCAGCGCGCGUCUGCCAGAAACAACUUGGUGAUAGCUGCAGGAAGAUUUUAAUUCUUGACUGGGAUGUCCAUCAUGGAAACGGAAUCCAGAAAGCCUUUUACGACGACCCGAAUAUUCUGUACAUUUCGCUCCACGUUUACCAAGACGGGAAAUUUUAUCCAGGAGAGAAAGAAGGGGACUGGGAUUAUUGCGGUGCAGGCGCAGGUGUAGGAAGAAAUGUCAACAUACCCUGGCCCAGUCAAGGAAUGGGCGAUGGUGAUUACAUGUAUGCGUUCCAGCAGGUGGUCAUGCCUAUUGCGCAAGAGUUUAACCCUGAUUUGGUAAUAAUUGCAUCCGGCUUCGAUGCGGCCGUGGGUGAUGAGCUUGGUGGAUGUUUUGUGACACCAGCAUGUUAUGCUCAUAUGACACACAUGCUAAUGACACUGGCACACGGAAAGGUUGCUGUUUGCUUGGAGGGAGGCUACAACUUUAGGUCGAUUUCGAAGUCCGCCCUUGCUGUCACGAAAACACUCAUGGGAGAUCCACCUGACAGACUACACUCAACCUCGCCUUCAGAAAUGGCUAUUUCUACUGUACGACGGGUAAUCAUGAUCCAAUCCAGUUACUGGCAUUGCAUGUACCCGAAAGGACCCCAAGGCGAAGGACUCUGGACCGAUAGACUUCACGAUGUCAUUCGAGCCUACCAGGCCAAGCAACUAUAUGAUAACCACAAGCUCACUUCACUCUAUAUAUAUCGAACUGCCAUAUCUCGUUCAUUUGAGAACCAAGUUUUGGCAAGUCCGAAUUAUAACCAGGCCGUUCCGCUUUUAGUUAUUUUCCAUGACCCGCCUGAGAUCAUGGGGCUGCCACACCCAGUCACUAAUAGAUUGGAGGCGCACAACUGCUGGCUUGCUGAUGUCAUGAAGGAUUAUGUCCAAUGGGCUGCUGGCAAGGGUUAUGGUGUAAUUGACGUGAACAUCCCAAAACAUGUCACAACUGAGCCAGCACCAAAUAGGUUCGAGGAUGAAGACGAGAAUCGGCCGACAGCAACUGAAGAGCUAGCUGGUUAUUUGUGGGACAAUUACAUCGAACCUAAUGAAGCAACGGAAAUAUUCUUGAUUGGAAUUGGGAAUGCGUUUUAUGGAGUUGCCAAUCUCUUAAUAAACAGAGAAACCCUUUACCAGCGAGUGAACGGAGUGAUCUCAUUUGUGGCCCGAGAUCCAGUCCGCGCAGUUGCCUCGCAUACCCAGGUUUGGUUGUCAAGAUGGUACAAAGAUAACUCGCUCGUAUAUGUCUCACACGCCCAUGGGCUGUGGAAGAACCCGAAGAAGCCAUCUAAAAGAUACGGAAAUCUGCUUGAAUCACCAAAGGAAGCACUCAGUGAGAUGCUUGUUCACCACAAAGAUGAGGUUUUCCAAUGGAUUGAAAGCCGAGUUGAGUCGCCUGAGAGUGACGAGACGGAGGAGCAGCCCUCGAGCCGGUCUCCUACAAAGGCCACUCCGAGGGAAUCCUAA